UGUAAUCAAACCCAGACUACCUGGCACAGGCUACCAAGAAGAAGAAACUCGGGAAAUUGUCACUCACUGGAGCCUUUAAGAUACUAGAUCUGAAAGAGGGAAUCUGAGAGACUACAAUACACCACGCUCGCUGGUUGCCUUAUAAACAACGUCUUUGUUAAGCACAGUCUUUCAACGCUGACGCGAUGUCCCAGCACGCUGCCUUGACCAGCCUGUUCGCCGAUGACCCUUUCUUCAGCCAGGAACGGUUGCUGUGGCCUCUGCAUCAGGGGGCCCUUUCCUCGCUGCAGCAGGACUUCUUCGGCCUCAGAGCCAAACUGGCCGACAGCCUCCUGAGGGAUCUGCACGAUGGGCACCCCGUGCUCAGGCUUAGCCAGCUGCCCCUCCUCUCCUCCACUCUGACAGGGCUGAGUGAUGGUAAAGAGCAGCAGAGAGAGACUCCCAGCACAGAGCUGCAGAAGGUAGCCCAGCAAGACCCAGAAAACAACGGCGACCUCCUGGUGACUCUUGAUGCUCGUGGUUACGCCCCCAGUGACAUCACCGUCAAACUGGAGGGGCGGAGCCUGGCGGUGGUGGCCAUGAAGCAGGCCGGAGCAGAAGAGAGCCAGUCCUGCUCCUCCCCCUCUUCCUGCGCCUCCUUCUGCUCCUCGGCCUCAGCUCAGACAGGGUUCGUCCAGAAGAUCGCCCUGCCUGCUCACCUGGAUCUGUCCGGCCUAUCCUGUUCCUUGAUGGAUGAUGGACAGCUGCGGAUCCACGCCCCCGUGGCCAAGCAGCCAACCGGCGAGGAGCACCAGGUGCCCAUCCGGUUCAGGACGUCGCUGGAAUUUCCCAUCAGCAACAGCACAGAGGAGGAACACACAGACUAAAGCACACAACACAGACUCCACACACACUGCCUGAAUGACAUAUUUUUGAAUAAACACACAUAUUAUCCAUUUUUGUGCCCACACACACACACUGCCACAAAAAGACUAUGAGCAAAGUUUACAAACACUAAAUGAAGUGAAUAUUUAUUUUGUAAUUAUUUCCAAUUUGUAAAAACCUUUUAAAUAACAAAGUUUUUUGAUUUUCAGAAAAUCAUAUUGGUGUAAUAGUGUUUCGGAUUUAUUAAAU